AAUUUGACUCUUACGAGUUCAAUCAUCAACUUACGCACACGGCUCUUUCUGAGUUUGGAAAGAGACGGUGCGUUCGCGCUCUCACCAUCUGUUUGUUAGAAGUUCCAAGACGAUGUUCCCCCAAGUUUUGAUUUGAAGCCGUCCAUUUAUAAGUACGGUGGUGUGUCUGUGUUGGCUCGGGUGGUAAGAGCAGACAAUGGGACUCAAUUCAGUGUCUUCAGCUCAACCCAGAACUGCCUGUGAUUUUAAUGGAUUUUAGCAUCACCAGCACCGCCUGCUGAAAAGCUUCCUUCAGGAUCAGCCAACAGAAGAAAAUUGCCAUCAAUAAGCCAAUUCACUCAGCAAUGACUUGCACUUGUAUGACCCUAUUUCAGAUAGUCAACAAGACAGCAGUGCCAUUGACCCUGAGUAAAAGAUAUAGUAGUGACUUUGCCCGGAACAGUACCAUCUCCACCCCUUUGGUGGCUCAUACACCAGCUGGGCUCAUCCUCCGUGCCCCCUCGCCAUUGGUGGUGACUGCACAUGUUACCCCUUCAAAUGCCCCACAGCGCUCAGAAGAGUGGUUUGCACUCCGUAGGGACAAACUAACCACAAGCACCUUCAGCACAGCUCUGGGCUUUUGGAAAGGUAACCGUCGUUCUGAGCUCUGGCAUGAGAAAGUAUUUCCAAUGGGUGUUGAAACCAUUGCUACUGCUGCAAGGGCUGCCAUGGAGUGGGGUGUGCUCAAUGAAUCCACUGCAAUAGAGCGUUACAUGAGCAUCACAGGUCGUGAUGUUAGUUAUCUAGGGUUUGCGGUCCAUGCAGAGGAGCAGUUUAAGUGGCUUGGUGCCUCUCCUGAUGGACUUCUUGGAUGCUGCCCUGGGGGUGGGAUACUAGAGGUGAAAUGCCCAUACAACAAGGGGAAACCUGAACUUGGUCUUCCUUGGUCAAAUAUGCCAUUCUACUACAUGCCUCAAGUGCAGGGUCAGAUGGAGAUCAUGGACAGGGAUUGGGUUGAUUUGUACUGUUGGACUCCUAAUGGGAGCACAAUCUUCCGUGUGCAUCGUGACCGUGGAUAUUGGGAGCUGAUACAUGGGAUUCUGCGGGAGUUCUGGUGGGAAAAUGUUGUCCCCGCCAGGGAAGCUUUAUUGCUUGGGAGGGAGGAGGAUGCAGUGGCUUACAAGCCAGCAUCUACACACAGUCAGACAGGAUUAGCCAUAGUCAAAAGCAUGAAACUAGCUGCUCAGGUAAAGUUGGUGUGUAGGGAGAUUGCAGGUCACGUAGAGUUUUACAGAUGAUGGGUGAUCAGUGGAAUUGUGACCAACAUUUUCAUCAUUCCGGGCUUCUAAUUCAGGGUUUGUUUAGCUCUGCCUUUACAACAGUCAACAGCAUGUAUUAUCUGGCCUCAUUGUACAUUGAUGAUUUAAUUAGGAUCUGGGAUCUGAUUUCAAGUGAAAAGAGAAUUCAUUCUUUUCAUAACUCAUCAUCUCUGAAUUCUAAUUGAUAUUCAGUCCAUUUCAUGCAAUGUGUUCCGGUU